GCCUUAGUGGGAGACAUCUUCUGGCCUUGAAUUAGACAUUUAAAUAAAGCAUCCUAUAAUGUACCCAAGUAAAGUUAAAGGGAUAUAUUCAGUGUGAAAUUGGCCUUCAGUGACUUUGACCACGUGAGGAACAUGUUCAGAUAAUCAGGGAUUGUUCAGUGCCUUGUUAUUUCUUGUGAACCCAAAUAAACUAGAAUUAAACUUGACUCGAAAUCUCGUCUUAAAGUCGUGUUAUACAUAUUCUGCACCGAGUCUAGUGCGUCGUAUUUGUAACAAUUGAUUAGUGUACUGUAUAAACAUCACUCUAUGUAGAGAAUAAGUCACAUAGUCCGAACUACGUAGGCUAACAUCUGAAAUGAACCUCAUGGCUAGAACUUGAGCAUUAUGAUGGCUUUUAGCCUCAUUUCUCUAGUUUGAAACCUUGGAUACCCCAAAAUAAAGAGAAAAAUCUCUCAAGUUCCAGUCUGCUUUCUUCACAAGCUAGAAUCUAGUUUAAUGGAGCUCAGUUAAAGUAAAACCAUCUUAGCAAAUAGCUGCCUGUCAUUGAGCCGAGACACAUCCUUUCUGCUAUAUGUAGAAUGAUAUGCUGGCAGUAGCAGUUUUUGACUAUGAUGGCAAGUAAUCCAAGUUGCUAGCUUCCAGCAUCCAACUUACUCACAAUUACAAGGCUGGAAACUCGUCUGAAACCUGGUAGCAGAUUUAUAUCUUGAUGAAAUACUGUGACUUCCAUAUUUAGAAGAUUUGAAUUCAGAGCUCGAAAAUUUAGCUAAUCGAAGGUGAUUAUUUUUUAUCUGAUUUUUUUGUGAUUUGAAGGAAGUCAUUAUCUGAAAUAAGAAAAAAGAUACCAACCCUUAAAAACUGUAAUGUGCUGAUGAGUCUCAGGAUCUGCACACACAAGCACACACAAGUAGCUAAAGGAUUUUAGAUGAAUCAUGGAGAGUUUGGUCUCAGGGACUGCACGACUAGGAAGAAAUAGCUAUAUCUGUAAUUUUUGUUGUCCAGUUUUAUGGUUGUCUAUACUUCCUAUUUCCUAGAAAAAUAAUUGACUUAAACUUUUCUCGGAUGAAAGGAUUAGAUUAAGUUGCAUAGGCCUAGCUAUGUUUUACUAAGAGUUUUUUCUAUUAUAUAUCUGCAGAAAAAAAAUGGCAGAUGCUCUAGUAAGUGCACUUGCACAAGAGCUGGUCAAAGAUGUGGCUGCUGCAAUCCAGGAACAAGGGCAAUAUGUUGUUCAGUAUCCAGAUCAAUUCCGCGAGUUGAAAGAACAAAUGGUGUUCAUGCAAUCAUUUGUUAUUGAUGCAAGCAGGAAAAAAGACAAUCAACAAACUGUCAAGGCAACCAUUGCCUCUCUACAAGAACUAAUUUACCGAGCUGAUGAUUUGGUUGCUGACUGCCAGAUUAGAGAGGAUUAUCAGAACAAGAUGGGAGAGACUUGCUGCCUCUCCCUUUCAGAGAUGUCCUUUCGCAGAGGAAUGGGAAAGAAGCUUAAAGAAAUCAAUAGCGAAAUUCAAAGAAUGCGCGAAAACUUGAAUUCUUAUUAUGGACCAAUUACUGCACAUGUUGGCAGUGGCGAGAACAGCCUUGGAGGAAGACGAUGGAGUUCACAGGUUUUUGACCGGACUGAUAUAGUUGGUCUAGAAGAAGAUACUCAGACAAUGAAGGACUGGAUUUUCAGUCAGAAUGAACCGAUGCUUCAUCUGGCAAUAAUCGGGAUGGGGGGUUUAGGCAAGACAACUCUUGCCAAAAAGAUCUACAAUGAUCAGGUUCUAACAAAGCGGUACCAGGAGAAACUCUGGGUUUCAGUAUCUCAACCUGUCAAUGUGGUUGAAAUCAUGAGAAGCAUGUUGAAACAACUUGGGGAAAAAGACAGUGGUGGAUCAUGUGAGGGUGAUAUGCUCACUAGAAUCAGAGAAUUACUCUCUGAUAAAAAUUACCUGAUAGUCCUGGAUGACGUGUGGAGCGUUGAUGAGGGGUGGUGGUCGCCGCUAUAUGAUGGAUUGCCAAAGCUUGAAGAGAACAAGAAUUGCAUUAUAAUCACUUCCAGAAUAGAGAAAGUUGUGAGAGAAAUGGGAGUUGUAAAAGAAAGGAUCCUUCGACCUAGGCUACUUAAUGACGAUGAGAGUUGGGAACUGUUCUGCAAAGUUGCAAAAAUUUCUACUAAUGAUGAACAACUACCAUUAGUGGAUGUUGGAAGGAAGAUUGUUGAAAAAUGUGGGGGCCUUCCUCUAGCAAUUAAGACAAUUGCCGGUGUACUAUCCUUGAACCACAAGAAGACUGUCGCAGAGUGGGAAAGGAUUAAUGAAACUUUCCACGAAAAGUUGACAGAUGGAGGGAAUUUGGAGGGAAUGUCAGUCAUUGCAUCUCUACAGCUAAGCUAUGAUGAGCUUCCUCCUCGCUUGAAGCCGUGCCUAUUGUGUUUCUCAAUAUAUCCAGAGGAUCAUGAAAUUGAUGUUGACCAGCUGAUUCAUUGGUGGGUUGGCGAAGGAUUUGUCCGAAACAGGACUGAAGAAACCGUUACUGAGUUAGCUCUCAAUUGUUUGUCAGAGCUGAUCAGUAGGUGCCUGGUUGAAGUAUCUCAAAGAAGAAACUUUGAUGGAAGUGUGUACACCUGCAAGGUGCAUGAUAUGGUUCGAGAUUUGACUAUCAAGAUCGCUAGAGAUGGAGAAUUCUGCAGCUUUGAAGGGGGGAGGCAAACAGCUAAUAGCAGUUCUCGUCGCUUGGGAGUUGGAACUGAUACCAGGUUCCAAAAGCUGAAGGGGAAUUCAAAGUUAAGGGCACUGCUACUCACUGAAACUGAUCAUAUUGGUUUCAGUAGACAUAUUGAGCUGGCCAAAGUCCAUUCUCUCAGGGUCCUGGAUCUCUCAAGGGUAAAACUUGACAGCAUUGAUCUUAACGACUUUUGGGAAUGGAUCGCGACCCUUACGCGUUUAGCUUACCUAAACCUCAGAGAAGUGACAAAAUUGACUGAAGUCCCUAACACAAUUGCCAAAUUGUGGGGGCUCCAGGUGCUGAUCCUGGAGGAAUGCAAGAAUCUAAAGAAGCUGCCAAUGUGCAUGACAAAGCUUCCGAGAUUGAUUUUCUUGAAUGUUGGCAAUUGCCCACAACUCAAGCACUUACCAACAGGAUUCUCAAAACUCACUUGUCUCCAGGAGCUCUAUGGAUUUAAAAUCUCUGGUCCAGCCAAUCCAACAGGAUCCCGCCUUGGCGAGCUGGAGAACCUGACAGAACUUCGUGUCUUACAGAUAGACAUAAACGAAGAAAGCAGAAUAGAAGAUCAUGAACUGCAGGUCCUGGAAAAACUAGAGAAGCUAAAGCUGUUAUCCAUCAAUGCAGGCGAUUGCGGCCUUGCUCAAGAUAAUGACAUCUUAACUAAGUUGGCUAAGUUAUCGCCACCUACUUCCAUCGAAGAGUUGUAUCUGAAGCAUUAUUUGGGAGAAACAUUGCCAGGAUGGAUUAAUCCAGAGAAACUCAAGAAGCUGCAGUAUCUAUGCUUGGAGCACACAAGAGUGAGCAAAAUGAGCAAAGAUUUCUUGGCCACCGGCGAAUCAGAAACCGCGAAAUGUAAAUGGGACAUCAAGGGACUAUGCUUCAAGUUUUGCCAAAGGCUGCAGUUGACUUGGGAGGAGGUAAAAGCUGCAAUGCCUGAAAUCAGGUUCCUGGAAAUUAGUCAGUGCAAUUCACUAGAAGGUUUUCCCUGUGAUGUUACUGCUAUGGGUUUCUGGGACAAGGAGGACAGCAAAAAGGAAAUCACUAGAAGGAUGGUUUCCACCAAGACCAUUGAUUCUACCUAAAAACAGCCAUCUUUGAUCAAAGCAGAGAUUGAACUUGUGCUUUGAAAUUCUUCCUUUUUCCUGAAGUUUCUUUUUUCCCCUGAAAAGUUGUGCUUGGUUUUUAUGUCUCUUAUUGUAUUGGUCAUUUGAUUUCCAUACCUACAAAAACUGAAAAACUUAUGGUAUCUGUGGUUCUUUUGUCCCCUGAAUAAAUGUAUAUGAUUGGAUAUUUGAUCAAUAUAUGUUCCUCAUAAGGUGUUUUUGAUCUUGCUAGUUGUCACUGAUUUUGUAUUUUUGUUCCACAUGUUUGAUUGAAGGAUUUAAAAUGAAAAAAUAACCUUCACUAAUUUUCAAUUUUCGAUAUACUAUUAUUAAAAAAUAUUCACCUAAAAUUAAAAAAAAUGACGUAAAAAAAGU